UCUCAGAUAGUGAAACAAACAUGGCGACAGACUGUAGUGGACAGGGGUUUACAUUAACUUUAUUCGUUUUUUCGUGUUUUGUGGCCGCUGGACAGGCCGAGGCUGUGCUCGCAGACCUGGGUAGCAGCACGCGGAUCAUCGGCAUGCGGCUGGAGAGGAGCGACAGGGAAUCCAACACCACUGACGAUGGGGUAAUACAGGUAACUGAGGAGAGCAACAUCCUCUUGAGGUUCUACGGGGUACAUAUCCUACCAGAGACGUCAACGAUCAUCAAGUUCAUGGAGACGGAUUCGGGUCAGGACGAAAAUGACAGUGGAAACCAACACACUGGCCCCUUUAACAGGACUUGUUACGAGUACACCAAAGAUUUAGUCAUUCGGGGAGCCAUGAACGUCAGCGGUAAGGGCACCACUGGGGUGCUCAACGUGAAAGUCAAGCCCCUUCGAAAAAGUGAGAAAGAAAAGAUGUACAGCUUAUGUGUCAAAGACAGCCAGGAUAACAACUGGUACAAGUUGGGUGAGGAAGACGGAAGACUGCGGGUCGUGGAAGAGAAAACCUCGCUGUUGCCACUAUGGCUGGAGGUGAUCAUAAUCACUUUCCUCCUAGUUCUUUCAGGUAUGUUCAGCGGGUUGAACUUGGGGCUCAUGGCUCUGGAUCCCAUGGAGCUGCGAAUAGUGCAGAGCUGCGGCACUGAGAAGGAAAAGAAGUACGCCCGUAAGAUCGAGCCCAUCAGGAGGAAAGGUAACUAUUUGUUGUGCUCGCUGCUUCUGGGUAACGUGUUGGUCAAUACCACGCUCACUAUCCUCUUAGACGACCUCAUUGGCUCUGGGAUCGGUGCCGUGGUGGCCUCCACGUGUGGCAUCGUCAUAUUCGGUGAAAUCGUGCCCCAGGCUCUUUGCUCAAGACACGGCUUGGCAGUGGGUGCCAACACCAUCAUGGUGACUAAGUUGUUUAUGCUCCUCACUUUCCCCCUCUCGUGGCCCAUAAGCAAGCUGCUGGACUGUGUUCUUGGUCAGGAAAUUGGCACUGUGUACAACCGAGAAAAGCUGGUGGAGAUGCUCAAGGUGACAGAGCCCUACAACGAUUUGGUGAAAGAGGAGCUGAACAUGAUCCAGGGGGCUCUGGAGCUCAGGACUAAAACGGUGGAGAACGUGAUGACCCCGAUAGGGAACUGCUUCAUGAUGCAAGGGGACGCCGUCUUGGACUUCAACACCAUGUCGGAGAUCAUGGAGAGUGGCUACACUCGGAUCCCCGUGUACGAGACGGAGCGCUCCAACAUCGUUGACGUCCUGUACGUCAAGGACCUGGCCUUCGUGGACCCGGACGACUGCACCACCCUGAAGACCAUCACCAAGUUCUACAGCCACCCGGUGCACUUUGUGUUCCAUGACACCAAGCUGGAUUCCAUGUUGGAAGAGUUCAAGAAAGGAAAAUCUCACCUGGCCAUUGUCCAGAAGGUGAACAAUGAAGGCGAGGGCGACCCCUUCUACGAGGUCCUGGGAUUGGUCACGCUAGAAGACGUCAUCGAGGAGAUCAUCAAAUCGGAGAUCCUGGAUGAAUCUGACCUUUACACGGAUAACCUCAACAGGAAAAAAGUGGCGCCCAAUAAGAACAAGAGGGACUUCUCCGCCUUUAAAAAUGAGGGUGAAUCAAAAGCCAAGAUUUCCCCUCAGCUGUUACUGGCUGCCCAUCGCUUCCUGGCCACAGAGGUGAGCCUGUUCAGCCCGUCCCAGGUAUUGGACAAAGUUCUGCUGCGGAUGCUGCGCCACCCGGACGUCAUCCAGGACAUCAAGUUCAACAGUGACGACAAGCGCUCGCCGAAUCACUACGUCUACCAGCGGGGCAAGGCCGUGGACUUUUUUGUUCUCAUCCUGCAGGGUCGUGUGGAGGUCGAGGCGGGCAACGAGAACAUGAAGUUUGAGACCGGACCUUUCUCCUUUUACGGCGUUAUGGCUCUCAUUGCCCCGACACUAGUGGUCGCCCCUCAUCCCUCGUCUCUUGCCUCUUUUAAGAGGUUCUCUCUGUUUUCUCGCUUCCCAGGUAACCUUCGGCAUGUCUGGGUUCCUUUACCACCUCGAUUCGGUAGAUUCUUCCUAGCAGGCUAUUUACUCGAGCUAGUUUCACAACGUCAACAACGACAUCCCAAAUUAUUGCUCUUUGAUCUAUAUAUACAUAAUAUACACACACAUAUAUAUUUAUGUCUGAUUGGCUUCAUUAGUGCCCCGUUGUUUAGCCUAUCGAAGAAAGCUAGUGAGUACCUGUGUUUCAAAAGAGUGAUUUGCUUUUUGAAUUCCCGGUUGGCUCCUCAACGUCGUAACCAGGUAAAUGGAACGUGAAGCAAUGCUGAAGCAUAACGUAGACCAUUAGAGAUCUAAUCAUGAUGUUUUCUUGUGACUAACCUGGCAACAAAACUCUAGGUUUCACAAUACACCCUCACUAAAAGUAAGGGUACUUUUUUUUUCUGAAUCCAAACAAUGGCACCAUUAAGAAAAAGAAAAAAAGAUGGAUAGAUAAUUAUCCUCUGGGGAUAUUCCCGUAGACAGCGGGGUUCGGUAAGAUGGCCAAGAUUGCCAAACCUAAUGACUCAUCCAUUCAUAAAUAAAAUUCCCACAAUUUUAUACGUUGAAACUCGUAGCACAUGCAUAAUAUCCGGAGGGGAAAAUGUGUUGUCUUUCGCACCUAACCAACUACUAGCGUAAUAGCUUAACUGCUCAAAAGAUACCCUGCCUAGCUGAAUUCCUUGAACGAUAACUCAACCGACUUGUCCAGGUAAAACUGUUUCCCAUGACUCCCUGAGACCUCACACUGGAAGAUUCACCUUUCCUGGUAAUAAUAACUACUCCGGUGGUAAUUCUCCCUUGCCUGUGUGUGUGUGUGUGUGUGUGUGUGUGUGUGUGUGUGUGUGUG